CGCCCUGCUGUAAACUGCGUCCUCCAGCUACAGCAGCAUCCCAUUCACAGCAAACAGAAGACGCGCGUGUAUCGCCAUGUCCCCUCACUAUCACCGGAGGGCUUCACGACAACAUCUAAUCUCACGUCCUUGAACUAAGUGCACGUUGAUGCCUCGGUUCAGUUAUAGCGUUUGGAGACGAAACUGUCGCGAGAAUGAGCGCUUGUCUUGAUGCUGGGCUGUGUGUCGUGGUGCUCCUGUGUGUUGUGGCCGCUCUACCUCAAGGCGCUGUUUACAAUGAAUAUCGCAAACUAUCUUGGAGCAUCCUUGACCAGGUGCCAGAUUACGAGGUUACCUACCCCAUCUGGCUGCACCCUCAGAGACACAGGAGGUCGCCCAGUGAGGAGCAGAAACAGCACCCUCCAAAAACUCAGGUCGUGAUCACAGCCGAGGGCCAGGAGCUCACUCUGCACCUGGAGAAGAAUGAGCAGCUGCUGGCCCCAGGAUAUCAGGAAAUAUGGUAUAGCCCUGAUGGAACCCGCAUGUAUUCUGCUCCUGGCAAAGAUGAACACUGCUUCUACCAUGGGAAAGUUGAAGGAAUAGAGGGAUCCAGUGUUGUCGUUAGCACCUGCUCAGGACUUCGGGGACUAGUUUGCCUAAAUGCCAGCGUCAGCUACCUGGUUGAGCCGCUUCCUGUUUACAAUGACAGCCAACAAAAGCAACAACAACAUGCUGUCUUCAGAGCUGACAGCCUCCAUCUCCAAACAGGUCACUGUCUGCAUCACCAUGGCAACCACAAAGAUCUUGAGGGGGGUCUUAACGACUUUAUCUACAGCAUGAUGUCACCCCACAACAAAAGGAAAAAAAGAGACCUUAAUCAGAAUAUGAAAUAUGUGGAGUUGUUGCUUGUGGCAGACAGAGCUGAGUUUGAGAAGCAUGGGAGUAGCCUUGAGAAGACACAACUGAAGUUACUGGAAGCAGCUAACUUGGUUGACAAGUACUACAAAGCCUUGAACAUUCGAGUGGCAUUAAUUGGUCUGGAGGUGUGGACCAGUCAGGACCAGAUCAAGGUGUCUGAUAACCCUCACAGCACCCUGGCUUCCUUCCUGUCCUGGAGAGGCAAGAAUCUCCGCUCUCUCCCCAAUGACAAUGCACAGCUCAUUACGGGGAAAUCAUUCCAGGGCACCACCAUCGGACUGGCACCGCUCAAAGCCAUGUGUUCCGAUUUCCAGUCUGGAGGAGUCAAUACAGACCACUCAGAGUCGGCUGUUGGUGUUGCUGCGACGAUGGCUCAUGAGAUGGGACACAACUUUGGGAUGAGUCAUGAUGUUCCCGGGUGCUGCCAGGCCAAAGCAGAGGACGGGGGAUGCAUCAUGGCUGCUGCCACUGGGCAUCCAUUUCCAAAAGUGUUCAAUGCCUGUAACAUGAAGGAGCUCAAGAACUACCUGAACUCUGGAGGUGGGAAAUGUCUGUUUAACCUGCCCAACACCAGAGCCAUGUACGGAGGCCAGCGCUGUGGGAACGGGUACCUAGAGGAGGGAGAGGAGUGCGACUGCGGGGAGGAAGAGGAGUGUACAAGUCCAUGCUGCAACGCCAACAACUGCACUUUGAAAGCUGGAGCUGAAUGUGCCCAUGGCGUCUGCUGUGACAACUGCAAGCUGAAGAGCCCUGGGGUGUUGUGCCGCGCUGCUUCCGGAUCAUGUGACCUCCCGGAAUACUGUGAUGGGAAAGCUGAAUCUUGUCCCGCUAACUUUUACCUGAUGGAUGGAGCUAUGUGUUCAGGGGGAGGGGCUUACUGUUACACUGGGAUGUGCCUGACUCUGGAGCAGCAGUGUCAAUCUCUCUGGGGCAAAGAUGGUCGUCCGGCUCCAGACCUGUGUUUCAAGAAGGUGAAUGAAGCUGGGGACAUGUACGGAAACUGUGGCAAAGAUAUGUAUGGGAAAUACAGGAAAUGCACAGAUAGGGAUGCUAAAUGUGGGAAAAUCCAGUGCGUCUCUUCAGCCACUAAGCCGCUGGAGACCAGUGCUGUCCGUAUAGAGACCAGUGUCACCAUUGGCACUAAGAAGUUCCUGUGUAUGGGGACUCAUGUGUACAAAGUUACCCAGGGAGAUGAGGACCCACAAGGAGACACUCUGGACCCCGGGCUGGUCAUGACGGGCACCAAGUGUGGAGAAGACUCGAUUUGCUUUAAUGGAGUGUGCCGCAAUGCAUCAUUUCUCAGAACUGCUGAGUGCAAUGCCAAGUGCCACGGACAUGGGUUUUGCAACAAUAACCACAACUGUCACUGUGACCCGGGUUGGGCUCCUCCUCUGUGUGACCAGAGAGGCUCAGGAGGGAGUGUGGACAGUGGACCAGUCAUCAGCAACAAUAACCUCCUGCUGGUCGUCGUGAUCCUUCCGUUGGUGCUUUUUGUCGUGGCUGCCACUGGACUGUGGUGCUGCUAUAAACAUAAGCUCCGCCCACUGAAAACAUCCACGCCACCUCCAGUACCAAGUUGUUCAGUGCCUGUUGACGGGAAGCCCCUGAAUGACAGCAGCCAUGUGAGUGGCCAUGCUAAUCCAACAUUCCUACUGAAGAAACAGGAGACAGAUCUGUUGGGAAGGUCAUCUCCUGGGGCCAGUCCGUCCUGUGCAUCUCGGUCUAUUGUACGGCCAGCAGUGAAGCCCCCUCCUGUCCCUGCGUAUGUGACAGAUAAACCCUCGCUGAGUCAAACUAAAGGAGAUGCUCAGAUCUCUGUUAAAUCAACUCAAAAGAAAACUCAAGCUCCUCGGCCUCCUACUGGCCCGCCUCCUUCCCUUCUUCCAAACCCCAAGCCAGCAGCUCUGUCAGGGCCUAAACCCAGACCAGACCCCCCUAACAGACCUCCACCACCAUGUCCUGUCACUCCUAGAAACAAAUUGACUAUAGAGCAACCAAAAGUGUCAAAUGGCGAAAUUACAAGUGAUGCGCUGCAAAAGAAGAAAGCAGCUUUGGCUCCCUCUGCUGGACAGAAGAAGCCAAAAAGGACUUAAACCAGGACCUCAGGGAUGCACUGAAGAUUACAUCAAAUGAUGCACUGCCUCAAAUCUUUUUAUGUGACCAAGUAAAUGUGGCAUUGUACGUGUGAAAUACUUGACACACUGCAGUAGAUAUAAUGUCUGAACUGCUUUUAGUGAAUGGGGGGAAUUAACUAUAAUUUUAGUUGUUUUUGUGUUUAAUUUUCAGAUUCAUGCUGUUCCAUUUACUAUUUUAAAUUUUUUAUUUUAAAUGUGAACAUAUUCCUGUGAAUCAACAGUUUAGGCUGUCCUGGUCCUAUUUAUUCACAAUAAAGAAGAAUGUUUACAGGGUAGCCUAUGUACUAACUAUGGUGCCCUUAUGAGAGCAUCAGCUAUGAAAGGAACUAUCUUAUAUUAAGAAAAAAAAUGCAAUUAAAGAGGUGCUUGCACUUCCUUUGUGAGAAAAAUAAUGGGUCUUAACUGGGCGUAAUGGCAUCAGGGAAGACCACAACUGCAUGCUGUAAGUAGGUUUUGGAUGAGAUACAAGCCUGGGAAUACUGGGGGAAAUUAAUGUUAAACUUAAGGGAUGUUUUUUCUUUUUUUUUUUUUUUACAUUUUAAUUUUGUUUAUUGUAAUGCACUUUGUUGCUAAUCAGAGACGGCGUUGUCACAUGUCUCAGCUUCAUCAGUAAACUGUCAAUAUAAAUAGAAUCUCAAAGUUUCUCAUGACAAUCAGUGAUCAGUUUUCAUCUGCAUUCUAGUGCUUUAAUGUACCUUAUUUUUCUCAAUGAUUGUAGUACAGGUAAAUUUUGCUACUGCUGAGGUAUCUUGGUCAGCCACACUCAUUCACCUCUGCUUUUUCACCUUUUGGGUAUCCAUUUGCAUCUGUAUGUGAUUCAUCCACUGGAAACCCCAUCCAUAUCAACACAUUCAAUCUGGAUAAGGCUUAAGUAGCACUGAAUAAUUUUGGCUGACCAGGCUCCUAUAGGGUACUCUUCAAAGUAACUGCCUACAACUGUCUUCUUUAUAGUGAAUGCCAUCUAACUUUUGUAUUGAACCUAUGCAAACCAGGGCACUGUGCAACACUGUGUCUGCUAAUGGUAUGAACUUAAUAAAGUGAAAAUGCUGUAAAAUCAAA